AUGUUGCGGCGAGUUGUGCGACAGAGCAAGUUCCGCCACGUCUUCGGCCAGGCGGUGAGGAACGACCAGUGCUACGACGACAUCCGAGUCUCCAGGGUCACGUGGGACAGCUCCUUCUGCGCCGUCAACCCCAAGUUCGUCGCCAUCAUCAUUGAGGCCAGUGGAGGCGGAGCCUUCCUGGUCCUGCCUUUGCACAAGACGGGCCGCAUCGACAAGGUGUUCCCGACAGUGUGCGGUCACACGGGUCCCGUGCUGGACAUCGACUGGUGUCCUCACAAUGACCUCGUCAUAGCCAGCGGCUCCGAGGACUGCACCGUUAUGGUUUGGCAGAUCCCUGAGAACGGUUUAGACUCUCCCCUCUCAGAGGCGGUGGUGGUACUGGAGGGUCACUCCAAAAGGGUGGGCAUCGUGUCUUGGCACCCCACAGCUCGGAACGUUCUGCUCAGUGCCGGGUGUGACAACCAGGUGAUCAUCUGGAAUGUGGGCACGGGCGAGGCGAUGAUCAACCUGGACGACAUGCAUCCCGACGUGAUCUUUAGCGUAAGCUGGAGCCGCAACGGCAGCCUGCUGUGCACCGCCUGCAAGGACAAAAAAGUCAGAGUGGUGGAUCCCCGGAAAAAGAAGAUCGUGGCGGAGAAGGACAAAGCCCACGAGGGAGCUCGGCCAAUGAGAGCAAUCUUCCUAGCAGAUGGAAAGAUCUUCACCACCGGAUUCAGCCGCAUGAGCGAGCGCCAGCUAGCGUUAUGGAAAUCCGACAACAUGGAAGAGCCCAUAUGCGUUCAAGAGAUGGACUCCAGCAACGGAGUCCUCCUCCCCUUCUUUGACCCGGACACCAACAUAGUCUACCUGUGCGGAAAGGGCGACAGCAGCAUUCGCUACUUUGAGAUCACGGACGAGGCACCGUACGUCCACUACCUCAACACCUUCACCACCAAGGAGCCGCAGAGGGGAAUGGGCUACAUGCCAAAGCGUGGACUCGAUGUCAACAAAUGUGAAAUUGCCAGGUUCUACAAAUUACAGGAGAGAAAAUGUGAGCCAAUCAUUAUGACAGUCCCACGGAAGUCGGACCUGUUCCAGGACGACCUUUACCCGGACACGGCCGGGCCCGACCCCGCCCUGGAGGCGGAGGAGUGGUUCGCCGGCAAGAACGGCGGCCCUGUCCUCAUCUCGCUGAAAGACGGCUACGUGCCCACAAAGAGCCGAGAGCUCAAAGUGGUCAAGGCCAACGUCCUGGAGAGCAAAACUGCCACCAAAGUGGAAAACGCCUCCAACGUCCACAAGAACCUUUCGUCCCAGGCCCCCGCACAGCCAUCAACGAAGAUGGAAGAUAAACUAGAAGAGGUGCUCCGAGAGUUCAAGUCUCUGCGGGAUCGCGUCAUUCUCCAGGACCGGCGAAUCGCCAGAUUGGAAGAGCAGGUCGCCAAGGUUGCCAUGUAA